AUGAAUCUCUAUGAUUACAUAUUAGAUUCAAACAUCAGACAAUCAGGAUUUGUGAAUGCAACACUAAUUAUUUAUAGAAUAAUGAACUUCAUCUCUUUUGAACUGUAUAUCAAUGAUAUAAAUAAUGUGUCAGUUGAUGAUACAACAAUUUUAGAUUAUUCAAGAUACUUUACCCACAAUCCUCAAGAAGUCUUAAACCAUAAAUCAAACUUUACUAGCUCUAUUAUCCCAUCAAUAAAUGAUAUAAUCAUUAAUAAUCCUUCAUUGGACCCAAACAUGUCGUUGUUAGAGCUCUUGAACUCAAUUAUGGUCAUAUUGCCAUUUGAAGAUAUACAACUAGUUUAUCCAGAAUCAAUGAUAUUAGAAUCUAUUCAAUCUUCAAAUCCUCAAUUAACAUCUUUAAUUAUUCAAAUUGUAUUAGAAAAAUCAAAUGAGAGGGAUAUGAUUGAAUUCUUGGAAGAUUCCGAAUUCCUUGUUUAUGCUACAAGAACAUACUUUACAGAAUCUGAUGAUAUUCAAAAUUUAAAAGUUUCAAGUACUUAUGAGAACCUACUUGCAUACAUUGCGACAGUUUCACCACAUUUAGUCGAUAAAUUAUCAAACCCGGAGCUCGUAUCAUUGUACAAAAAAAUUAGAGAUGAUCCCGAAGGGAAUAGUACUUUAUUCUCAAGAUUACUUGAUUUUAUAAUUAUAAUAUUCCCGGUGUCUCAUGAAUGGAUCCCUACAAGUUUAUACAAGUUUUCAAAAAUUGAAUUUAGUAUUGAUGAUCCUUUGUUGGUUAUCCUUUUAAUAUCAUUCUACAAAAAAUUCAUUCAGCAGAUCAAUAUAACUCUGGUCAUCUUAACUACUAUUAAACCUUCGUUAUAUGAUAUUAUGGAAUUGUUUACAAGAAGGCAACAAGAUUCAUUGAUUGAAUCCUUUUAUGCGGUCGAAAUCGUGGUUCUAUUAUAUCAUUGGUCUCACUCAGACAAUAAACUUUUACUUGGAUACUUAGGCGAGUUAACUGAUUCAUUCAAAAUUUUCAAAUCAUAUAAUCUUUAUUUGGAUGAAUUAGCUUCUGAUAUUGAACUUCUUGCAUCUUUUAAUCCUGAUCAAAUCAAUGAUAAAUUAGAUUUUUUGGAAGAUAUCAUUCAAUUACCAUUAUUACAACAAAGAUAUUUCCCAAUAUUUUUGAAUAUCUUGUCAUCAAAGGAUUUAUUCGGAAAGUUAGUUGAAUUGAAUAAAUUGAAUAUCAAGUCAAUUUCAAAACUAUCUUUGGAUAUGAUAUUCAAAUUAUUAUUCACAAUAUCAAAUUAUAAAUAUUCCACACAUUGGCUACUUUCUGAUGCUCCACAAUUGAUGUCUGACUAUGUAAUUGCCUCUAGUGCAGCAAUUAGUGAAUCGGAAAUUUGGAGUUUAAAAAAAUCAAUUCUUGAAAAUUUAUUGAAUAAGAAUUCAUCCCAAGAAUUAGGAGUUUGGAAGGAGACUAUAGAGUCCACUUAUAGUCUUAUGAAGAACGGUAGAAAUGUUAAAGAUAUCAUUCCAAGAGUUGAAGUUGCUACUGAUACUGGUUAA